AUGGGUCGUCGGAAACUGCCAAGCAUCCCAACCUCGGAAACAGUUCGAAGUGGCCAAGUGAGUUUCUUCAGCAUUGAUUGGCCGUUAAUAAUGGCGACGUGUUAUGUUCGUUCGUUUAAGCGAAUCCGAGACGACUUUGGCAUCGGUAGUGCAAGCGGCAACGAUCGACCAGCAGAAGACAAAGGCUAUCGUUCCCAACAGCCGCAGCAGCAGAAGCAGCUGAAUCGCCUGUUCCCUUGGGGCACCACUGGGCUUGUCGACCAAAAGAGAAGGCUUGCUUACGUGAGCAGUCAGAACGUCCGAUUGCCAUGCACUCUUGCACGCGUUCUCCUAAAGCAAGAGCUACGCGAAGUACUCAGCAAGAGACUCCAAGACAUGCACGUCUACGAAGCUGAGGCCAACCAGCGCCAGUAUCAAAUCAAUCGCUACAUGGCCACAGGAUUGUACCCUAAUUCAGUUGGAAUCGACUUCUCACCGAAUACCGUUUAUUGCGAGCUGCCAGCAGAACUGGUGCACGGGGUCAGAGUGUUAUUCAAGCCCAAGUUAGCAAAAGAAUCACUGUCUUCGACUGCUGCAGUUAAAAAGGCAUCAAAAUCAUCCAUAAAUAAAUGGCACCAAGGGGUUUCUGAACCUUCAACAGCUCAUCUUACUACGGUAAAGCAAUUUUUCUUAGAAUUUACAUCUUUCACACAAAUUGGAUUACGUAGCACGAAGUUAUUUUACGUAUCUUACUCAUUUGUGUUUUUAUUUGAUCGUCCACUGUUGAUGAACGAGAACCACUGUUUCCAAUGUUUUUCGCAGCAUUUUAAUAAAGCAUUUAUUUUGGUUGUCGUUGGCCAAUAUUCUUUGCCUAACAUGUAUAAAACAUCAGGUGAUCAAAUCCUCACAUGGAACGGUGUACCGCUAACAGGGAAAACGUACGAAGAAGUUCAACAAAUAGUCGACAACUCACAAGGCGAAAUUGAAAUUGUCAUAAGGAGAAACGUAACUGGUUACCUGCUGUUGCGACUACAGUAUGAAAAAUCUACUCAAACCCUAUUCGUUACUGUAGUUAAAGCACGAAAUCUAGCUACACAGGCAGGAAAUAGAAGUGGCUAUCGAAACCCAUUUGUCAAGAUCUACCUCCUGCCAGAUCGGAAAGUGGAAAAUAAGCGACGAACGAGAUUCAUCAGUAAUACGUGUAACCCUGAAUGGAAUCAGACAGUAGUGUACAAAGAUGUAAGUGAAAAUGAUUUAGCUCUCAAGUACCUCGAGUUCACCGUUUGGGACUUUGACCGUAUAAGAGAAAACACGUUUUUGGGCAAGGUUGUUUUGAUUCUAACAGGUAAAGGAUUCAGAGAGGAAACUAGUAUGUACUUCAUAUUCUUUAUGAACUUCUGUUCUCAUAUUUCAGAUCCGUCUAUCCAGUGGGGAAAAAUGUUGUGGUAUGCUUUGCAGUCAAAACUGUAG